ACGCGGGGGCCGCCGCCGCCGGCGCCUCCAAACUUUCGACGGGCCGUGCUGUGCCGCUGCCCCAUCGCCCGGGAGGACAGCGCUGCCCCGAGACAGCUCUGUUGCUUAGACCAGGCUGCUGCAAGGAUGGGGCCCCUGGAAGCAGUAGGUGAAGAAAACCAGACAGAUGAAAUGAAAAUGGAGCAGUUCACCAAGCUACACUUGCCGAGAUACACCACACCGCUCAACGAAUUGGCUCUGGACCCUAAACCAGAACUGAAGGACAGCACCACGCUAGUUGAAGUGCAGAUAAUCCUCAUCUUUGCUUACUGCUCCAUCAUCCUUCUGGGGGUGGUCGGAAACUCCCUCGUGAUCCACGUGAUCAUCAAGUUCAAAAGCAUGCGCACGGUGACGAACUUCUUCAUUGCCAACCUGGCUGUGGCUGACCUGCUGGUGAAUACAUUGUGCCUGCCCUUCACUUUGGUUUACACGCUGUUGGGCGAAUGGAAACUGGGGCCGGUCUUGUGCCACCUGGUGCCUUACGCCCAGGCUCUUGCUGUGCACGUAUCUACUGUUACUUUGACAGUGAUCGCUUUGGAUCGGCAUCGCUGCAUCGUCUACCACUUGGAAAGCAAAAUCUCGAAGCGGAUCAGCUUCCUGAUUAUAGGAGUUGCCUGGGCAGUCAGUGCCCUUUUGGCAAGUCCUCUGGCCAUCUUCCGUGAGUACUCGCUGAUUGAGAUCAUUCCUGACUUCAAGAUUGUGGUCUGCUCUGAGAAGUGGCCAGGGGAGGGGCAGCUCAACUACGGUACCAUCUACAGCAUCUCCAUGCUCCUGAUCCAGUACGUGCUGCCUCUGGCAGUCAUCUCCUAUGCCUACACCCGUAUUUGGACCAAGCUCAAGAACCAUGUUAGUCCUGGGGCAGGGAAUGACCACUACCACCACCGGCGGCAGAAAACCACCAAGAUGCUGGUGUGUGUGGUUGUGGUGUUCGCUGUCAGCUGGCUGCCAUUUCACACCUUCCAGCUAGUCAGUGACAUUGACAGUCAGGUGUUAGACCUGAAAGAGUACAAACUGAUCUACACAGUGUUUCACGUCAUUGCCAUGUGCUCAACAUUUGCCAACCCCCUUCUCUAUGGCUGGAUGAAUAACAACUACAGGACGGCCUUCCUCACGGCCUUCCAGUGUGAGCAGCGGCUGGACUCCAUCCACCCUGAAGUAUCAGCAGCUUUCAAAGCCAGGAAGAAACUAGAAGCAAAGAGGAUUCAAUUCCCUGGAGACUCUUUCACACAACCUACCAAUGUCUAAGAUGUCUGAAUUUAAAGAAGAAAUUAGUAUGUUGUGGACAAAGGGAUAAAUCCAUGUUGACAUGUGCAUUUUUAAUGCAUAGUUUUAUUCAUAAAUGGUGAAAGAAAAGUAGCAGGAAAGUCAAGGUGGGUGGUAGGAUUUGGGUGGAGUUGAUUGGCAUCAAGAAUAUGUAACUAUUGCAAGGAAAUGAAAGGGAGAGACUUUGUUUAUGGCUGUCUCUAAGUGUAAGAGACGCUCCCAUCCCUACCAUCUCUUUUUGACAAGUCUAAAUGACAAAGGCAGAGUUUGCUGGUUUUGCUGUAGGACGGCAAAUGGCUGAUUUGUAGCACAGGAAUAUUGAUGGUGGGAGCAGGUAAUUUUUAUAUUGGAUAUGGAGAUCAGGAAGAGCAGAAGUCUGCCAGGAGAAUGAAGCCUGGCUGGGGGAACGGGCUGUGCUGGUUAAAGUUCAAACUUUUCAGACCCCUUCUUUCCCACGGGCAUCUUUUGCAAAUAUAAGGGAAUUAAGAGGAGAAGUAUGUUACUGUUUUUUGACUUGUACUGAAGUACUUCAAACCACAGUGUUUGAAAUGGAUUAGG